GUUGACAGAGAAGAGGCUGGGGUGGAACAAGAGUAUAUAAGACUUGCAGAUCGCUUGGCUAAGCAUCAUUAUCAAUCAUACUACUUACAACAACUACCACUCAUAAUAUCGACAUCAAGACCACUAUUCACACAAGUUCACAAUGAUUACUACAAAUAUGCAUCUGUUAAUCCUUCUGCCCAUGGUCCUCCUCGCAGUCGCCCUCCCUCAACCUCACCCAAAAUAUAUCGGCUGCGUCUCCCAAACCUCAACCUUCUCAGCAACAACUCUGCCCUCCCCUUUCACAACUCAUCAAUGCCUCCAAGCCUGUGCCGCUAAAGGUAGCCUCGUCGCCAUUGGUAGCGACACAUGCUACUGCGAUAACGGUAGCGCAUCUGCAUCUUUCGAACUAGUCGAUGAGACUCGCUGCACAGAGCUAUGUAUUGCCGGCGAUGCGACCAGCGGCAAAUGUGGAGGACAAGACGUCAUGAGUCUGUACCAGAUCGACGGUUGUAACGGCGGUUGUGCAAAGAAUGGGACUAUUCCGCCUGUGGUGCAGACUCCUUGUACGCUUUGUGGACAGGCGACGCUUGUUCCUACUCCUACAGCAGUUCAGAGGAAAGCUGGGAGCCCUUGUCCUUUUGAAGGAUGUAAAGCUGCGCCAGCUCCUAUUGCAACCCCUGCUGGGAACUCGACUGCCAAGAUUUGCCCAUCAGGAGGAUGUAGUUCCAACGGGCAAGGACGCGGCCAGAGCGGUGGUGGAGAAGCUGGUGGCCAAGGCGGAACAACAGGCACGGAAAAUGGAUCUUCUGGUGAAGGGUCUAAGGCUGCCCCGGGGCUUGCGAACGAAAGCCCAAGAUUGUAUUCGCCAAGUAUACUGUCAGCUAUCGCAGCCGUGAUCUUUGGGUUGCGAUUCCUAUGAGCAAAAAGGAGAAGAAUGGGCGCAUUCGCUUGCAUGUUUUGGAGUUAACGGCUGGGCAUGAUUCAUGAUUUGAUGGAAACGGAAACGGAAACGGAAACGAAAACAAAGGAUAGCUUGUUGACUUGUUCAUACUAUAAAAUGCCAACUUUGACAAUAUGCUACAAUGUCCCAAAUGAGUAAUGAGCCAGUACAGGAAGGGUAUCGUGAAAUGGCCUCCCUACGCCUUCGGUGCCUCAGUCAACGGCACGUAGCGGACUCC